CCAAAUUACAAAUGGCGGACAGCAGGAGGCUAACGCCAUAUUGGGUGCGCAAGAGCCGCUCUAGGCUGGUAGGGGGCGUGGCGGUGAGACUGCUGCUGGUUUUGGUGUUGGAGCCAUGAGCGAGACAGGCCCGGCAGAACGGUGCGGUGCACUUCUCACUUGGCUGCAGACAUUCCAUGUGCAAUCGCCAUGUACCAAGGAGCAGGAUUUGGCCAAUGGGGUCACGAUUGCCCAGGUGCUGCACAAGAUAGACCCUUCUUGGUUCAAUGAAGCAUGGCUCCUGAGGAUUAAAGAUGACACUGGUGACAACUGGAGGCUGAAGGUGAGCAACUUGAAAAAGGUCCUGCAGAGUGUGGUUGAAUAUUCCCAGGAUGUCCUGGGCCACCAAUUCCCUGAGCAGCUGCUGCCUGAUGUAUCCCUGGUUGGAGAACUGUCUGACACAGCUGAGCUGGGCAAGUUAUUGCAGCUGGUGCUGGGCUGUGCCAUCAGCUGUGAGAGGAAGCAAGAUCACAUCCAGCAGAUCAUGACCCUGGAGGAGUCUGUGCAACAUGUUGUUAUGACAGCAAUACAAGAGCUCUUGAACAAAGAUUCAUCAGACACACUGAGCUCAGAGACGUAUGGAAACUUUGACAGCCAGUCCAGGAAAUAUUACUUCCUCAGUGAUGAUCUAGAGGAGACAGAUGACGUGCGCCAGCGCUGCCAUGACCUUGAGCAGCAGAUCUCCAUCCUGGUUGAAGAAAAGCAUACUUUGGUGCUAGAGAACAAGAGCCUCCGAGAGCGGAAAAGCUCUCUGGAGUUGGAUGCUGCUGGGCUCACUGGCAAGAAGUUGCUUCUGCUUCAAACACAGAUAGAACAAUUGCAAGAGGAUAACUUCCGAUUGGAAAGUGGCAGAGAUGACUUCCGAGUGCGCUGUGAAGAUCUAGAGAAGGAAGUGCAGGAGCUGCAACACCGCAACGAGGAGCUGACUAGCCUGGCUGAAGAAGCGCAAGCACUGAAAGAUGAAAUGGAUGUGCUGCGCCACUCCUCAGACAAGGUAGGGCGGCUGGAGGCCAUGGUGGACUCCUACAAGAAGAAGCUAGAAGACCUGGGAGACCUGCGGCGGCAGGUCCGACUGCUUGAGGAACGAAACACUGUCUAUAUGCAGCGCACUUGUGAGCUGGAGGAGGAGCUGCGACGUGCCAAUGCUGUGCGGGUGCAACUGGAGGCACAUAAAAGACAGGUGCAAGAGCUCCACAGCAAACAUGCAGAGGAAGCCUUGAAGGCAGAGAAAUGGCAGUUUGAAUUCAAGAACCUCAAGGAGAAGUUUGAGGCACUGAUAAAGGAAAAAGAGAGGCUGAUUGAAGAACGGGACGCCUUACGGGAAGCCAAUGAAGAGUUACGAUGUGCUCAGGUGCACCAAAAAUUCCUAAAUCAAGCAGAUACCAUGCUAGAAGAAAUUGCUUCUCCUGUGGAUAACUUGGCAGCUGAGAUCAUGCCAGCAGAACUCAAGGAGACCAUUGUAAGGCUGCAACAUGAGAACAAGAUGUUAUGCACACAGGAGGUGUCCUAUCAGCUGCAGCAAACUGAGUUGCAGGGACUCCUGGAAGAAUCUAACCGCACUAAGAACCAGCUAGAGGCACAGCAAAGAUUGAGCCAGCAACAGAUCUCUGAGCUUAAGGUGCAAGUAGAGGAGCUACAGCGAGCCCUCCAGGAGCAAGGAAGCAAGGCAGAAGAUUCUUCUCUCCUGCAAAAGAAGUUGGAGGAACAUCUAGAGAAAUUGCAUGAGGCCCAUGCAGAGCUUCAAAAAAAGAAGGAAUGCCUUGAUGAACUGGAGCCCAAAAUGGACAGCAACACUGCCAAGAAGAUUGGUGAACUGCAGCAGUCUUUGAAGAAGAAGGAUGAAGACAUGAAAGCCAUGGAGGAGCGAUACAAGCGUUAUAUGGACAAGGCCUGCACAGUCAUUAAGAAGCUGGAUCCCAAGCAGCAGCCUCAUGGAGUUCCUUUGGAGAUCCAGGCUUUGAAAAACCAGUUGCAGGAAAAGGAUAAGAAAAUAAGCCAUCUGGAAUCUGAUUUUGAGAAGACAAAAUCUCAACAGGAGCAAGAAGAGAAGCUCAUCAUUAGUGCCUGGUAUAACAUGGGCCUGGCACUGCACCAGCAGGCUACAGAAGAGCGGUCACCCACCUCUGCGACAGUCCAGUCCUUCUUGGCCCAGCAAAGAUUGGCCACCAAUACUCGGCGGGGCCACCUGAGCCGAGCUCAGCCCUUGCUACUUCGAUACGUUGGUACAGACAAGCCUUCUCAACUGUCAUGAUGUGGAAAAGCUGUCCUGUGCAUCUUCUAGAGAAUGUUUGCUUUCCAGAGGGGUGAAACUGGAGCUCCUGUUCUCCACUUCCUCUGGAAAUUCCAGUUAUAUCCCUAUUGUUGAAAUUAAUUCUCUGUUGCUAAAGGUUCUUCCCAAGCCACGGUGCUUUUUGUUUUUUAAAGUGAGGAACUUUGGGCGCAAAGAGUUGACUUUUCCCUAGCAGAUGCAGACUUAACAUGAUCCCUCUUCCACUGUAAUUGGGGGCUAUUGCAGCGGCAGUGUCCCUGCAUGAUGGGGAGGUGCUUUUUCAUCACCAUUCCUUACCCAUUUCUCCUCGUAAAUUCUGGUUUGUACAUGGCUUCCAUAUAGCCCUGUUUCCCACCAUUUUAAAAUGUUCCUUCCCCAGUGAGCUCAUAGUGAACAGGUACAAAAGAAAUACUUUUUUCCUUCAAUUCAGAUCUCCCCUUCCUUCUGGAGCAGUGAUGGUAUCAACCUCAGUCUGGGUGUUGGGGUGAUGAAUGCAUGAGGAUGAGGUGGCUGUUUUGAUCCUGUGUUUGGAUUUUUGACUCCUUUAAAAGAGGGCACCAGUUCCUCAUUCACCAGAUUGCACUCCCUUCCCUGCCCCCCCAGUAGCCACUGCAAUGCCUGAAGGAUCUACAGCGCAUCUUUGCCUAGUGGCUUAAGAGUCUCUUCUGCGAAGGGAAGAGGGCUUUGGUACAAAAAAGCUCCACUUGAAAAUAUAUGAACACUAAAUUAACUUUAGAAUCUAGAGGUGGGGAGAGCCUGUAGUCCUGCCCAUUAAUAGUUUGUGCACGCAUCUGUAGCUGUAUUGUUUUCACAGCAAUAUUCAGAGUCUGGUGCUUUUUUGAAAAGUGUUACUGGUCUCUUCCCCCUCCCCCCAUUAGUAUGUCUUCCUUUUUUGGAUCAUCGCCCCAUCCUUGGAGGAAAUGCAAAAUGCAGUAGCCUUUUUAAAAUCUGUUCUUUAAAGUUUGAUUCAUUUUUUUAGUAAAGAUCAUAGUUUUAAUGCUAUAAAUUAUAUGUUUUGUAAAGCUAUUUGUUCAUCUGGGCAGGUAUCAUUGCCUCUUUAUUUUUCUAUUGGACAGAAGCCUGGCAUACAAUGUGGGAGGACGGGACAUGUCUAUAGAAUCUUUACACUACAAAUAAAAAGUUAUAAAAUCUUU